AUGGUAACUAAUAAUGAUGAAAUAUGCGAAGGUUUGUAUAAUACUGAUUCAUGGGAUCUAUUUGAUUGUCAUUUGGGAUCUUAUGUUAUAUCUCUAUUACAAUUACGUUAUGUUAGUUCAAAAACUUCAAUUCUUGGACGAGCAUUACGUCAUGGUAUUGUUGAUUUACUUGAUCAUAUAACAAAAAACAUUAAUCAACAUAUAGAAAAUAAUACAACUACUAUUGGUACUGAACAUCGUUUAUAUCAUUCACGUAAUUAUACAUUAAAUAUACAAGAAGAUAAUAUUCCAUAUUCUAUAAUAAAUAAUAAUGAUAAUAAAUUUAAUAUUGAAAUAAGUUCAUUAGCACCAACUGUUUUUUAUCAAUUACGUGAAAAUAUUGGUAUAUCAAAUGAAAAUUUUCGUCAAUCAUUUUUUCAAAAUAAUUUAAAAGAUUUUACAAAUCCUGGUAAAAGUGGUUCAUUAAUGUAUAAAACAUAUGAUGAUUUAUUUAUUCUUAAAACUUUACGUGAUUAUGAAGCACGUUUAUUAAUACAAAUUUUAUCUGGUUAUCAUUUACAAUUAACACAACGUGUAACAAUAUUUAAUCGUUAUAUUGGAUUAUAUUGUAUACGUUUACAAGGAUCAGUAUCAACUAUUAAUAUUUUUAUUGUUAUUAUGCUUAAUACAUUUACACCAUCAUUAAAAAUUAAUGAAAUAUAUGAUUUAAAAGGUUCAAAAAUUAAUAGAAACUCUAUGGGAACUUUAUCUUUGGAAAAAUUUUAUCAUUUAAAAGAUAUGGAUUUUAGAGAUUUAUAUCCAUUUGGUAUACGUAUACCAACAAAUAUAUAUUCUAAAUUAAAAAUUAUUAUAGAUAAUAAUACAAAAGUUUUAAAAAAACUUAAUAUAAUAGAUUAUUCAUUAAUUCUUGGUAUAAGACAUUUAGAUAUGUCAGAAGAUGAAAUGAUAUAUCGUCUACCAACAGGAGGAAUUUCAGCUCUUCUUCAUUUGAAUGAUAGACUUGGAUUAAUGUCCAUGGAAAAAUUUUUACCCAAUAUUCAAUCAUCAAAUUUAACAAAUAAUUUAACAUCUUUAUCAUAUUCAUAUUUAAAACCAUUAGAAAUGAUUCAAGAAAAAAUUGAUAUGAAUUUAUAUUAUAAUAAUGAUUCUAUUGCUCAUGCAACUUUACCUAUACCUGGUAUUAUAAAUAAAACUAAUCAACGUGUUUAUAUAUAUUUAACUCUUAUUGAUAUGCUUCAAACAUUUGAUAGUUGUAAAUUACUUGAUCAUACAUUUCGAAAACUUACUAAUCAUAGUAAACAUCUUGAAUAUUCUGUUAUUGAUCCAGAAGCUUAUGCAAAACGAAUGAAUCAAUUUUUAUUUGAACAUGUUUUUAUUGAUGCUAAAGAUGAUUUUCCAUGGACUAUAACUAGUGUUAGUAAACCUGUUGCUGAUCUUAAUAAUAAAAGUAUGAAAAAGAAAAAAUCCAAUCAACAAACAACUUCUCUUCCUACACGACGUCAUUCACUUGAUCGUCAAAUUUCAAAUACUAUUGUGGAAUUUCGUUUAUGA